AUGACACAACGAUGGCAAGUAUUAGAUUCACAAUGUUUACCAUCAUCAGUAUUUGCUUUAUUAUAUUUAUAUAUGACAUAUAAUAUUCGAUAUUAUAUUCAAAACCAAUAUUUUAAUGAUGGUAAUUCUUUAACAUCAUUUACCCUUAAAUUUGCAUCUUACUUUGCAACAGCCUAUGAUAGCUAUUAUUGUCAAACACAAAAUCAAUAUGCAUUUUCACAAAUAGUUGUACAGCAGCAGUCAAUAAAUUGUGCAAAACCAGAAUUACAAAAGCCAGUAAAUCCUGUAUGGAAAAAUGUAUUUGAUUAUCAAGUAUUAAAUAAAAGUUAUGUUGUAGAUGAUUUAGGAUUAGGUAUUAAUGCACAUAUUAAUCGUGAAUUAGCUUCUGUUGUUUAUGAUUUAAAUUAUAAAACGACAGAUCAAAAACAAGAUUAUGACCGAGUUAAUGAUAUAUUGCAAGCACUAAUUGCAACUGCUACUGUUGAUAUAGGUCAACGUUAUGAUCCAUUAUUGAGUUCACCAGAAUUUAGUUUAGCAUAUUCAGCUGCUAUUGCUAUAUUAAUUGGUGGACGACAAAAUGCUUGGGAUAAUGGACAACUAUACAUCAGUGCACCACCUCCAUUGAGAAAGAAUCUCAUGCUUGCUGUGCAAACAACAGCAUUAACUGCUGCUCAAGCUUUUGAAACUGGAAUAACAACAACAAAUCAACAACGUAUCGCUUACUGCCAAGCUCAUCAUUCUCCAAUAAAUAUUACACCAUCGACAUAA